CUGACGCUACACCGCAACACCAGCACUGCUCUGCCUGUCCUUUCCUCUCUGCUUGCCGCCUCUCUCUCUGCCUUGCCGGGUAAUCACCACCGAGCCCGCCACAGACAGACAGACAGAGAGAGAAAACAGAGAGAGAGAGAGGGAGUGAGGGAGAGAGGAAAGGACCUGCACUCUUCAUUCAACUGCUGCAGUCUCCCAUCUGUCUCUCUGUCCUUCCCUCUGUCUUCCCGGGCAGGGGAGCAGCAGAGGGAGGCACUGGAAGGGAGAGAGCUCUCUCAAGGAAUUUAUCCUCCUCUAUCUGUGCUUGCUUCUUCCUGUUCAUUGCUGGGACAGAGUACAAGGGAGGAGAGAAGAGGGAGGGACUGAAGAGGAGAACCAGUGUGCUACAGCACUUCAGGCUCUGCCUUCAGCUGCAACAGCUCAGUGUCCCACCUCAUUCUAGAGACACUUAACACACACACACAUCUUGAAGUCGUGCACACACACAUAUUCACAUAGACUGGGCUGACUGCAGACUGGACAAACUGACAGACUGAUAGACAGAGACACACACACAUUCAUACAUACAUACAUCCAGUGAGACAGACAGACAGACAGCGAGAGAGACAGACAAGUGGUGUCAUGGCGUCAGUGGACAGCACCGGUUCAAGUGUCUCCAGCCGUUUGAGAUCGGGGGAUGUGUUUCAUGCCGGGCUGGCAGUUGCACUGCUGUUGGGGGUGUGGUGUGUUGGUGGGCUGGAGGUGUCAACGGGGAAAGUGUCCACUGUUGAGGCAAUGAAUGGCUCUACAGUCCUGUUGCCCUGCACCUACUCCUCCUGUAUUGGCAUCAAAAACCUCUACUUCAACUGGCACUAUAAUGACAAUGGAACAAUGCAAAAGCUGUGCGAGGCAGUAAUUCCUGUUGAGGGUGUGGAGCCUCGGGUCAGUGUGUACCACGAUCGUGUGGACUUUGUCGGCUCCUCGAAGAAAAACAACCUCUCCAUUUUGCUGUGGAACAUCAGUUUCGAGGAUGAAGGAGAGUAUGUCUGCUUCGCCAAGAACCCAAAAGAGAAAAACCGCAACCACAGUGCAGUUUUCACUCUUAAAGUGGUGGACCAACUGAAGGAGGUUGACAACACACUGACGGUCAUCAUUGUCUCAGUAGUGGGUGGUGUCAUUGGCUUAGUUAUAAUUGUCAUGGUGAUAAAGGCCCUGGUUGUUCACUUCCUGCUGAAGGAUGAUGAGAAGAACAAAGAGUGCCUGGUCAGCUCUUCAGGGAACGACAACACAGAGAAUGGACUUUCAGGAGCCAAAGCCGACAACAAAGCGACACCAAAGGCAUGAGCAAAAUUGUGUCCCAGGACAUCUUAACUGACUAGUAUGCUGUGAUGUGGCAAUACAAACAACUCCCAUGUGUAAGUGUGAACAGUUUUUGGAACUUCAUUUCUGACAUGAGCCAUUCAAAGCUGAUCAAACUGUCACAUUUUAUACCCAUGAGAAAAAAAAUUAACAUAGAAAACCCAAAAUAUCUCAUCUCAUGUAAGAAACAGAAAACUGCUGUCUCUCUAAGGCGCACAAAGAGUUAGGAAUGGAUGAGGUUCUAUUGUAAUACACAGCCUUAAACCCCUAAAUCAAACUUGGACCCCGACAAACCUGACCAGAGGGAACACACACCAUUACUCUGCCACAAUGGACUGCCAUAAUCUAUCAACUGCCAUGAUGUACACUGAAGAACAGCACAAAUACUCCUGCCAAACUUUUCUCUAACCCUCACCGCACACUUGGACCCAAACCCAACUAUGAACCGAAAGCAGAGGAGCAUUCAACACUCUAUUUUGUCCACAAACCUGAGCCAACAUGUUGCUUGCAUAAUGCAAACUGUUUUCCAAGACACACAGAGCAUAACAGAGCAUAGUGCACAUAGAGCAUAAAUGGGUUUAAGUGUCAUUAGUUGCAAUACUUUUCUUUCAAUCAAUGAGAGACAUCAUUUUAGAGAGCAUUGCUUAUAAAAUAACAUCUCACCAUUUUGCUCAUACUGGACUGACUGCAGUCAUUUAAUAUGGCUUACUGUUCUAGCCAAGAGCCUCCUGCAAACCACAUGUUGAAUGCACCUAUGAUCUUUAAACCUGAUCUUUCACAGAGCCUUUUGGCACUGAUCCAACCUUUGACCUUAACCACUGCCAUGGCAAUCUGAACUUUACCUUACAUGUUUACCGCAGGGUCCAGGUUUGACAUACCGGGAGAGGCUGAACUUGGCCAGCGAGCCAGACCAAUAGGGGAGGUGUUUGGUUCAUUAAAGCUGACAGCUUUAAGUUUUGCUGGCUCAGUACAGGCUUGCUAGGCUGACAGAUGAGCUUGCUAAGGUCACUAGUGGAUCCAGUUCUGCACACGUUAUAUUGUUUUGCUUUAGAUGAAACACAGGUGCCUGUUCUGCUUCUGCUCCCCCUGCUGGUGGGAGGGUAAAAAACACAGAAAAUUAACUUAAAAAAACAAAAACAAAAACAAAAAAAACAACC